AUGUUGGAUGAACCCGGGGAAAGUCGUCGGUCGGUUGCGUUCCCUCUAUUGUCCCUCUCGUUCUUCUGCCUGCUUCUCCCGUUCCUCUGCCUGCCGUCUCAGCUCGGCUUCCUUGAGGAAAAGCGCUUUGUAGUCUGGAGAGCUACUUCCAUUCAUCGCUACCGCAAAAUAAGGGAUGGAAAAGAUGGAAAACUCCAGGGCAGUGUUGGUGAUCAGACUGUCCCUUCUCAUGGUCAGCUGAGCGGCCCUUCGGUGGAAGUAUUAAUCCGUCACCCGCGAACCGCCCUCUGGGUACGCAGCCCUGGGCCUCUGCUCUAA